AUGCCAAGUCCCGCGGGAGCGCUUCCCAAGUCCUUCAUACUUCCCGACCUGGUCAACGACUGCCCAUUCCCCCUUCGAGUCAACCCACUCUGCGACGAGGUUGGGAGACUAUCCGAGCAAUGGUUCCUCCGCCAUGCAAAUUAUUCGCCCCCUCGGGCAGUGGCGUUUAUGGCACUCAAAGCGGGCGAGCUCACUGCUGCAUGCUACCCAGAUGCCGAUGCCUUCCAUCUCCGAGUCAGCGACGACUUCAUGAACUUCCUCUUCAAUGCCGACGAUUGGCUAGACGACUUCGACAUUGAGGACACGUACGGGCUGGCCAAUUGUACUGUUCGAGCCCUGCGCGACCCAGUCAACUUCAUUACUGAUAAACGCGCAGGACUAAUGACGAAAUCAUAUUUUUCUCGAUUCCUGAAGACCGCUGGGCCUCGCUGUACAGAGCGCUUUAUCCAAACGUUGGCGCUCUACUUUGAAUCAGUAGUAACGCAAAAGCAAGCUCGUAACAAUGGCACUUUGCCCGAUUUAGAGAGCUACAUCACCAUUCGAAGGAAUAACAGCGGCUGUAAACCUUGUUAUGCACUCAUCGAGUUCUGUGCUGGCAUUGAUUUGCCGGACGAGGUUAUCAAUCACCCAAUUAUUCAAUCGCUCGAAGAUGCUUCGAAUGACCUUAUUGCUUGGUCGAACGAUAUCUUCUCUUUCAACAGGGAGCAAUCUCGCCACGACAGCUUCAACAUGGUUUCCAUCGUUAUGCACCAGAAGGGCUUUGCGCUUCAGGAAGCUGUCAACUUUGUUGGAGAGCUUUGUAAAAAGGCGAUGGAACGUUUUCAGGCGGAUAAGAGGAAUCUCCCUUCAUGGGGUCCAGAGAUUGACGGGGAGGUCGCAAUGUAUGUUGAUGGGCUGCAGAAUUGGAUAGUCGGGUCUCUAAAUUGGUCCAUCGACGGGACAGAGCGCUAUUUCGGCAAAGACGGGCCUGGAAUAAAGAAGCAUAGAAAAGUCAAGCUAUUCCCCAAGCGCCCAUUGAAAACACCUGCUGUGCGGGUUUUGGCCUAA